CCCCUCUGGCUCUGACAUCUAGAGCCCUUCCCCUGGACCACGACGGUGUCUUUUACUUCAUUUACCCCUUGAUCCAGCCCCUCCACCGCGUCACCUCCCGUGAGCUUCAGACCCCUGGUUUGGUGGUGGCUGACUGGGUCGUCGAGUGAUGGGCUUGGGUGGUUGCCUCUCGGUUCUUCCGAGGCCCCUGUGGCUGGAAGGGGCUCCUCGGUGUCGCGUUGUCCACCCUGGUUCACAGCUGAGUCUUGCUUGAGCUGCCCAGCGGGCUCGUCCCCAGUAAAGGCCGUCCUGCCAUCCCUGGUGAUCCUUCUGAAUGUUUACCAUCACUCAGUGUCAGAAUGUUCUGGUUUAAACCUCCUCAUUUAAGCUGCAUCUCGCUCUGGUCUGAAGAGAUGCACGCUGCUCACUCUCAGCUGUUUGGGGCAGGAUCUGCGCCAUCUUACUCUGAAUCUUCUCUUUCCCAAGGAGACACAGCCUAGCUCACUGGGCUUUUCCUUCCCUCUCAUUUGCUUUUCUUCUUUCCGCAUGUUUCUCCUCUGACUUCUUCACGUGUCUUUUCUUUGAGAGCCCUGGAUUUGACCUCAUCUGCAGGAGAAUGAACGGGGUGGGGAAGGGAGUCGAGGACUGUGCUGAGGUGUGCGGUCUGAGCAUCUGGGUGAACAGGAGUCCUGUGUACUGAGCUCGAGUUGACUGUAGGCCGAGCAGGUGAGGGGAAGCCUGCGAGGGAGUCGUGAGCCGAGAGGGGCUGGCGGUGCUCAGCCGGUGAAGGUGGCCCUGGUCAGGGAGAGGGUGUGGGAGGAGAGACGAGGCCUGGAGACGAGGAAGCCCAGGAAACACCAUUAAGGGGCGGGCAGAGGAAGAGGGACUAGAACAGAGACUGAAAAGGAGUCGCAGGUGACAGGAAAGCUGAGGAGAUGUGCUGUCCCGUAGCUGCGGGUAGCAGCAUUCCAGGUGGGGGGCGUGGGCAGGUGCUGUAGUGCGGAGAAGCGCGCUGAGGCGGGGCACCGGGGGUCCCUGGGGCCUCAGUGGGAGCACUUCAGGGAGCAGCAGGGGCCGCAGCCAGAGAGGAGUGGGCUUCGAGGGGAGGGGGCGCUGGGGGCCUGCGUCACUGGCAUCAGGAGCUGCCCCGUACCACGUGCUCUGACAGAGGCUCGGGAAGCCUCGGGCCGCGUCGCUCCCCGCUACCGAGCGACGUUGCCUGUUUGUGAGGCCCUGCGGGUGCCAGGCACGGCCCGGGUGCCCAGAACACAGAGACUGGCCUCCGCACCCCCGUGGCCUGUGCUGACAGCGCCAGCAUCCGCAGCUCUUCCCGGGAAGCCUGCCUGACGUCUUGGUGAGGUCCCUCCCGCCGCGGUCCCCCAGCCCUGCAGCGCCACUGCAGCGCCCCUGCACGCCCUGCACCUCGGCUCUUGUCUUCCCUGCCGUGUGUGGGGGGACAUUUUAUUCUCAUCUGCCCCCCGCCAGCCUGGGGGCCACGUGCACACAGGGGCCUGGCCUACCUUCUACUGUAUCCAUCGCACAGGAAGACUGCCAGUGCCUACUAGGCUCUGGGUAAACAUUGAAGGAAAAAAGAGAUGUGAGUUAACGUGGCAAAGAAGAUGGACACAGAAACCACUCCUGUGCAGAGGGCUGGGGGCUCCGGUCGAGGGCUGCUCCGUUGGGUCUGGAGGAGUGAAUGUCAGGCUUCACCCAGGAGGUGGCGUCUGGAGAGUUUUGUCCUGGGAUUGAUUUCAUAUGGUUACUACGCCUUACAUCCUCUGCUCUCUUCUCUCCCCUCCGGCCUCACUGUCCCGUCAGUGGGCCCCGAAGUGAGUAGGCAGCUGGCUGAGAGCCAUUCUCUUCAUCUUGCCUUAGAUCUUGUCUUGUCUUCUGUCACCUUGCCAGAGGACAGUCUGGGCCUGUCUUCUCAUUGCCCCAAGCUCCCAGGCGCGUCAGAAGUCGGAAAAGUCAAAAAGCCCCACAAGAAACACACACUCUCAGGAUCCACGGGGCAAGAGCCCCCUGUGUGUGCUGACUCCUCCGUGAUCAGAACCAAGACCCCACCUGCCACGCUGGCUUCUCCUGGCUCCAAGUUCAACACCGGAGCUCUCAACACCCCUUCUGAACUUGGCCGGGGCGCCAGGGAGCACCUGCCAGAGGCUGAGGCCAGACUUGAGUUUGUACGCGAAGGGGAGGAGGCUGCAGUGGCCCCGGGAGAAUCAGAAGCCCCGGCUCCCAAAGGAGGAGUGGGAGGGACCUAUCCCUGCAGGGGAAGAGACCAGCCCGCGCCUCGGCAGCAGCCUGCGGGUCCCAGCACCUGACCAGGCUUUCCUGGAGGAGCAGGAGGAAGGCCUCCUGGGGCUGCGUGUCCGCAGUGAGAAGAGAGCAGCCAGCCCUGGAGAGGCCUGGUCUUGGCCUGGCUGCCCCCUGUGCAAAUUGCCACCCCAGUGCUGGGCAGGAUAAGCCAGAGGGAGACUCCGGACACUGUGGCCUCCAGUCCGUGCUGGGGCAGGAGCCCCCGGUGCAGCCUGAGAAGAACGUGUCCAAGUGGAAGGCGAGAGGAGGGGGAGCUGGCAGGAAGGAAGUCGAGGGACCCAGAGCUCAGCUGCAGUCCGGUCGCCUCUGACUUGCUGCUGCUCCAGGCAGCCAGCCCGGACAGGCUGGAGGCAGGCCAGCCUGGCGAGGAUGAAGUGGCGAGGCCAGCCGACAUCCUCAUAGCCGAUCUGGCCGGAGAGGCGCGCCACCUCAAGACACGGAAGAAGAGGCGCUUGCUUCCUGGGGAGGACUGCGCAGGCCAAGACCAAGGGCUGGGCUCCCGGGCACUCCCUGGGCCCCCUGGACACCCUGGGUCAGAGACCGUGCCUGACGUGAGACGCUCCUUUACCAUCAACUGCAGGAAUGUCUGCCGUGUCACGUGCACUCUGUGCCGCCCAGCAUCAGACAGGGCAGAGUUAAGGGGCGGUCCCAGCCUUCAGCUCUGGUCUGCCACCUGGCAACUAAGCGCGGGCGGGAGGUGGGGAGGAAGCCAGCUGCAGCCGGCCCUGGGGGGGAGCGGGGAGGGGUGCCCGAAAAGAAGCAGAAGGACCUGCCCACGGGGGCCACCAGCCGUGCCCCGAGGAGCUGCAUUCACCAUGCUGCCGCCAGGUGCCUCACCUCUGGAAGAUGGUGACGGACAGGCGGGCCCGAGCUGGUACAGGCUCGGCCUCCCCCGCCUACUUCCACCCACGGCAGCUGGGGAGGACUGAGGUGGCGUAUGUGCCCCCAGCCAGCUCCGAGCACGGGCCUGGAGCCAGAGCGCUGCCGAGUUGCCCUGCAGCCCGGCGCUGCCCCUCUCCUUUGUCUUGGCCCCGCUCUUCAGGAGGUUUAGGGCCCAGGUGGACCAUCGCUACCGCCUGCCGUCUCCAGCCGCCAUCUCCUGUGAAGCCCUGCCCCUGCUGCACGGGGCGAUGGGCGAGCAGGUGCGUCGGGAUGCAGUGGGCCGAGGGCAGCCGCGUCCACCUCACUGUUUCCGUGGCAGCCCGGGUCGCGGAUGUGGACUACGCGGCUGUCACCGCCCACUGUGGGGUGACGCAGCCGGGUGGCCGGCAGGUGGCGUCAGGCAGCCCGAGGAGGCAGGCCACGCCUGGGUCCGACACCUGCCCCUGGACAGGGCUGCGGAGACGGGCCGCGGGAGCUGCAGGGGCCGCUCAGCCUCUGUGGCUUGGCCACAGCUCUGUGCCUGGGCUUCCUGGUGUCGGGCGGCUGCCCGAGUCUGGAGCAGGCUGUGAGGACGGGGGGCUACACCCACGCCCCUCGCUUCACCCACUGCCUCGACUCCCUGCUGGGAAACUUCUGUGUCACCAACAUAGUGUCCAGAUCAUGCUGGGCACGGCUAGGGCCAUCUGCAGCCACUUCCAAGGCUCUGCGGAAGCCCGGCAGCUCCUCCCAGCUGCAGUGGCAGCGCGGCCUCCCAGCCCACCAGCCCUUCUUGGGGCUCUCGCAUCCCUGGGUGUCCGCCUACCACUUGCUGGAGUGGCUGGAGAAGCGGCAGCUGGGGAAGGCAGGGGCGGCGCUGUCGGCCGUGUUGCGGAGCCUGACGGACAGUCUGGUCAAGCUCCCGCAGCCCUUCUGGAUGGAGGUCCGGGAGGCGAGCGCCGCGCAGGCCGCCUUAAGCCUGGUGCUGCCCCAGCUGUGCUACCUGCACAUCUUCCUGGCGCAGGUUCGGGGGCGCUUUGAGGAGCGGAGCACCGGGGAGAUGGGCGCGGCCGUGCGGCUGGCCGAGGGCCUGGCCCUGCAGCUCUCCACAGACCACCAGCUCCCUGAGCUCUUCCACCGUGAGGAGUUUGUGCUGGCGACCCUGCUGGACCGCUUCAAGGGCAGGAUAGAGGCUGCCCUCCCCGAGGGGGCCAACAUCAACCAUUGGAAGCAAGUUCUCGUGUACGAGGUGAAGGAGCUCGUGGUGUCUGAGUACUCCUGCCGCCCUCCCCUUCCCUGCAGGGCCCCACUGCUGUGCGUGUGGACGCCCCUGAGCCGCGCAGGAGCCAGGAGCCCUGGGGCCGAAGGGAAGGGCCGGGAAGCGCCCGAGCAGAGAAGCGGGACCUCUGGGUCCUUGCUGCUGGGCCAGAGGGAGAGGAGCCUCCUGGAGCAGGUGGAGAGCGGGGGGCUGCUGGUCUCAGAGAGGGGCGGCGCUUCCCUCUCCACGGAGAGCCACCUGGUCAGCAGCAUCCGCAAGAAGUACCUGCGUGAGAACGAGACAGUGGGUGCCCAGGAUGACCCCCUGCUUACUGGCAGAAGCGGCGGGACGUCCGGCCAGACCUGGCGAGACUGGCCACCAUCUAUCCUGCGCCCUGACGGGCGCCUUCUCUGCAAGUGUCUUUGCGUCCCUGGGCGGCCCCGCCAUCGUGGAGCAUGACUCCCCUCUCCCAGGGGAGAUGGCUGAGCGUCUUCUCUUCUUGAAGACCAACCUGGAGCAUCUCCCAAGCUACACCCACGCCCUUUAUCUUCCCCAGCAGGGACCUGGCCGAGGCGCGCAGGCCGCUGCUGCAGGGCAUGUCUGCACAGGCUCCCUGUGAGGAGAGGCCAGCGCGCCUGGGGGAGAGGCUGGGACUGGGGCUGCGCUCCCUUAACGUCUGGACUCUGCAUCCAGUGCAUUUGGGUGGUGAGAUCAGGGCCUGGCCCUGGACCUCUCCCUGUCUCCUUGCCUCCCUUCCUUAAAUUGCACGUGGGUCUCAGACUUCAACGAGAAUCACCUGAGAGCAUCUUAAAGCUGAGGCGUCCUGUCCCUCCCUCGCAGGUUCGGGUGUAGUAGGUCA